AUGUCGACAACGCAAAUGAGUGAGAGUAUGAAUGCGUUUUUUGAUGGGUAUGCUAAUUCGAGGACUUCGUUGAAACAAUUUGUUGAACAGUACGAAAUGGAGAAGCAACUUCAGUCUGCCUACAUAAUAUCAAAAUUCAGGGAAUGUCAAGAAGAGUUCACUGGAAUGAUGUAUUGUCAGGUUAUCUAUACCGAUGAGGCUUCUAUGGAGAUGACAUACGACGUUCAAGAGGUUGUCAUGGGAAUACUAUGCAGACAUGCUAUAUCAAUUUUGGUACGCAACGAUGUCACUACGCUUCCUGAGAUGUACAUCUUGAGGAGAUGGCAGAAAGAUGUGAGAAGAGCCCAUUCGAGGGUCGCAAUCAACUACGAUGGUUGGGUCAGUACUCUCGAACAAAGAAAAUAUGAUGAAAUGCGUAAAGCAUUUGACAAGGUCGCAGACUUGACAACAAAUAGUGAAUCACGAACUUAG